CAGAAGUCUACCUCAGUAUCUCUAUUCACUUACACUAUAACCAUCGAGAGAAGCAUUGAGUAGUGCCUUGGUAUAUCUACAUCUUACUUAUCUAUCCGUCAACAUGGCCCCUUCAGAGCGUCUUCCCGCACCCACCGUGAUCAAGACGACACACGACAAAGACGGCAAAUCCAUCGUCAACAAAUCCGUGCCCGAGCAUCCCAAUGAGCAAGUCGUCACCAACGGCGAUGCAGUCUUCUACUUGGGCUACGCAACCGAGCAAUUCCCCGUAGAGAUGAAUAACGACACCGACCUAAAAGCCUACGAGAAGCUCGAAAGCUCACCACCAGGACUGACCAUCAGCGGCGGAACAGUGCUGAGAUACGUCGACUUGAAGCCCGGAUGCACGAGCGCCAUGCACCGGACGAUUUCACUCGACUACGGCAUUGUGAUUGCCGGACAACUGGAGCUGGUCUUGGAUUCGGGCGAGACGCGCAUUCUGGGUCCUGGCGAUAUUUGUGUGCAGAGAGGCACGAUGCAUGCGUGGAAGAACCCGAGCGACACGACGUGGGCGCGAGUGGUGUUUGUGUUGGUUCCUAGCAAGCCGUUGGAGGUGAAUGGACAGAAGUUGGGUGAGGAUUAUGGGGGUAAUAUGGCGGGUGUGCGUGCGUCUAGUUGAGCGGAGCGGAGCGGAGGCGUGAUGGACAGCGCGGUAUAGCAAUAGCAUAGGUACCCAGGUGAUGAGGUGUCCUAGAACUAGGUACAUGUACCUGGAGUAGGAGGUAGACUAUGCCGAUAGGAGGUACCUCCUAUAGUAACAGGCUAACAGCGGGACUUUUUCAAAGCGCAUGCCAAGCCC